UUUUUUUCUUUUUUUUUUUUGUGGACGCCUUCCCUGAUAUCUGUCAGGUGCAGACAAACCUGAGAAAUCAUGUCGGACAAAAUGUCAAGUUUCCUCCAUAUAGGGGACAUCUGCUCCCUGUAUGCCGAGGGCACCACCAGUGGAUUUAUCAGCACUUUGGGACUUGUGGAUGACCGCUGCGUGGUACAGCCAGAUGCGGGCGACCUCAACAACCCACCCAAGAAAUUCCGAGACUGCCUUUUCAAGCUGUGCCCUAUGAACAGAUAUUCGGCCCAGAAACAGUUCUGGAAAGCUGCGAAACCUGGAGGCAACAGUACCACAGACACAGUCCUGCUCAACAAACUUCACCACGCCGCCGACCUCGAAAAGAAGCAGAACGAGUCUGAAAACCGCAAGCUGCUGGGGACCGUCAUCCAGUAUGGAAAUGUCAUUCAGCUGCUGCACUUGAAAAGCAACAAAUACCUAACGGUGAACAAACGGCUGCCCGCGCUAUUGGAGAAGAACGCCAUGAGAGUGACUUUGGACUGUGCAGGAAAUGAGGGAUCCUGGUUCUACAUUCAGCCUUUCUACAAGCUCAGAUCCCUGGGAGACAGUGUUGUGAUUGGAGAUAAAGUAGUCCUUAACCCUGUGAAUGCUGGACAGCCUCUUCAUGCCAGCAGCCACCAGCUUGUUGACAACCCUGGGUGUAAUGAGGUGAAUUCUGUGAAUUGCAACACAAGUUGGAAGGUUGUUCUUUUCAUGAAAUGGAGUGACAACAAGGAAACAAUACUCAAAGGGGGUGACGUGGUGCGGUUGUUCCACGCAGAGCAGGAAAAGUUUCUCACGUGCGACGACCACAGGAAGAAGCAACAUGUUUUUCUUCGAACCACCGGUCGGCAGUCUGCGACUUCAGCCACCAGCAGCAAAGCACUGUGGGAAGUGGAGGUGGUGCACCAUGAUCCCUGUAGAGGAGGUGCCGGCUACUGGAACAGCCUGUUCAGGUUUAAACAUUUGGCCACGGGGUGCUACUUGGCAGCAGAGAUGGGUGAAGUGAAUCAAGACUUUGAGGAAGAGAGUGCUGAGCAGCGGUCCUCUAUGGUGGAUUUCACACCUUUCAAUUUCCAGCUGGAUACAGAUAAUGAGGCUCUACGAGGCCGCCUUCGAGCUCCACAGGAGAAAAUUAUGUACACCCUGGUCCCGGUUCCUGACGGGAUGGAUAUCUCCUCCAUCUUUGAGCUGGACCCCACCACUCUGAGAGGAGGGGACUCCAUGGUUCCCAGGAGCUCCUACGUCCGGUUAAGACACUUGUGCACCAACACGUGGGUUCACAGCACCAACAACCCCAUUGACAAAGAGGAAGAGAAACCCGUUAUGUUAAAGAUUGGAACAUCAGGUGUAAAAGAAGACAAGGAAGCCUUUGCCAUUGUGCCGGUGCCACCAGCAGAAGUGCGUGACUUAGAUUUUGCCAAUGAUGCAAGUAAAGUGCUGGCCUCCAUUGCUGGCAAACUUGAAAAGGGGACCAUUACUCAAAAUGAAAGGAGGUUUGUAACCAAGCUCCUGGAAGACUUGGUUUUCUUUGUGGUCGACAUCCCUAACAGUGGGCAGGACGUUCUGGAGAUCAUGGUUAACAAACCCAACAGAGAAAGACAAAAACUAAUGCGAGAGCAGAAUAUCCUUAAACAGAUUUUCAAACUGCUCCAAGCCCCCUUCACAGACAGCGGUGACGGCCCGAUGCUGCGACUGGAGGAGCUCGGAGAUCAGCGCCACGCGCCCUUUAGACACAUUUGCAGGCUUUGCUAUCGUGUGCUCCGCCACUCCCAGCAGGACUACAGGAAGAACCAAGAAUAUAUAGCCAAGCAGUUCCGCUUUAUGCAGAAACAAAUAGGAUAUGAUGUGCUGGCAGAAGACACGAUAACGGCUCUCCUGCACAACAACCGGAAGCUGCUGGAAAAACAUAUCACUGCUGCCGAAAUAGACACCUUUGUAACUCUAGUGAGGAAGAACCGGGAGCCGAGGUUUCUGGACUACUUGUCAGAUCUAUGCGUGUCCAUGAAUAAGUCCAUCCCAGUGACACAAGAACUCAUCUGUAAUGCAGUGUUGGACUCCAGCAAUGCUGACAUCCUCCUCGAAACCAAAUUGGUCCUGUCGAGGUUUGAGAUUGAGGUGAUGACAAAUGGGGAGGCCCCAGUGGAGGCAGAAGAUGAGGAGGAGGUGUGGUUGUUCUGGAAGGACAACUGCAAGGAGAUCCGGAGUAAGAGCGUCCGGGAGUUGGCCCAGGAUGCAAGGGAGGGCCAGAAAGAGGACCAGGAAGUGGUUAGCUACUACAGGUGCCAGCUGAAUCUCUUCGCCCGGAUGUGCCUGGACCGACAGUACCUGGCCAUCAACAAGAUUUCCGGUCAGCUGGAUGUCGAUUUGAUCCUGCGCUGCAUGUCUGAUGAAGACCUGCCCUUUGACCUGCGAGCCUCUUUCUGCCGCCUGAUGCUGCACAUGCACGUGGACCGGGACCCCCAGGAGCAGGUCACACCCGUCAAAUACGCCCGUCUGUGGUCUGAGAUCCCCUCUAAAAUCGCCAUUGACGACUACGACAACGAUGGAACCACCCGAGAUGAGAUCAAAGAGCGAUUCAGCCUCACCAUGGAUUUUGUGGAGAACUACCUGAGAGAGGUGGUGUCGCAGAACAUGCCCUUUUCUGACAGGGAGAAAAACAAACUUACCUUUGAGGUUGUGAACCUGGCAAGGAACCUCAUAUACUUUGGCUUCUACAACUUCAGUGACCUGCUGCGCCUGACUAAGAUCCUACUGAAUAUUUUGGACUGCGUGCACGUAAGCACCGUUUAUCCCAUCGCCAAGAUUGAGAAAGGGGAUGACAACAAAGCGGGCAGUAACGUAAUGAAGUCCAUUCACGGAGUCGGGGAGCUGAUGACUCAGGUAGUGUUGCGAGGGGGCGGUUUGAUUCCCGCCACCCCAACUCAUCAGCCCGAGGGGGAUGUUGUGAAAACGCAGACCGAACCGGAGAGAGAGGAUAUCAUGGUCAUGGACACGAAGCUCAAGGUCAUCGAGAUUCUGCAGUUUAUUUUGAAUGUCCGGCUAGACUACAGGAUAUCCUGCCUGCUUUGUAUUUUCAAACGUGAGUUCGAUGAGAACAACCCACAAGGAGAUAACAGUGCAACUCAGAAUGGAACAAACAACAUUGUUGGGCAGAUGCCAGGAAAUUUUGACUUUGAAAACAUUGAAGAGCAGGCAGAGGGGAUCUUUGGAGGAAGCGAGGAGAAUACUCCACUUGACCUAGAUGACCAUGGCGGGCGCACGUUCCUGAGGGUCCUGCUGCACCUCACCAUGCAUGAUUACCCACCGCUGGUGUCCGGAGCGCUUCACCUGCUCUUCAGACACUUCAGCCAGAGACAGGAAGUCCUCAUGGCCUUCAAACAAGUCCAGCUGCUGGUCACCAGUCAGGACGUUGAUAACUACAAACAGAUCAAGUCAGAUUUGGACCAGCUGCGUUCUAUUGUUGAGAAAUCGGAGCUGUGGGUAUAUAAGAGGCAAGGAGAGGAUGGGAUGGAUGGGGACGGCCCUUCAGAGUCUGACAACAAAAAGAAGGGAGAUUCAGGGGGCUCAGACAAGAAGAAGACGGAGAGCACCAGCAGUUACAACUACAGGGUUGUAAAAGAGAUCCUGGUGCGCCUCAGUAAGCUUUGUGUCCAGGAGGGCAGCUCCGGAAAGAAGAGCAAGAAGCAGCAGCAGAGGCUGCUGAGGAACAUGGGAGCUCACAGCGUGGUGCUGGAACUCCUUCAGAUCCCCUAUGAGAAGGGCGAGGACGUCCGCAUGCAGGAGAUCAUGAAACUGGCUCACGAGUUCCUGCAGAAUUUCUGUGCGGGAAACCAGCAGAACCAAGUUCUCCUCCACAAGCACAUCAACCUGUUCCUUAAUCCAGGGAUUCUGGAAGCUGUCACCAUGCAGCACAUCUUCAUGAAUAAUUUCCAGCUGUGCAGCGAGAUCAACGAGCGCGUGGUCCAGCACUUCGUCCACUGCACCGAGACACACGGGCGGCAUGUCCAGUACCUCAAAUUUCUGCAGACCAUUGUUAAAGCCGAGAACAAGUUCAUCAAGAAGUGCCAGGACAUUGUCAUGGCCGAGCUGGUCAACUCUGGCGAAGACGUCCUGGUCUUCUACAACGACCGCGCCUCAUUCCAAACCCUAGUACAGAUGAUGCGCUCAGAGCGGGACCGCAUGGAUGAAAACAGUCCUCUGAUGUAUCACAUCCACUUGGUGGAACUUCUGGCUGUAUGCACCGAGGGCAAAAAUGUCUAUACGGAGAUCAAGUGUAACUCAUUGUUACCCUUGGAUGAUAUCGUGCGAGUAGUUACUCAUGAAGACUGUAUCCCUGAGGUGAAAAUAGCCUAUAUCAAUUUCCUAAACCACUGCUAUGUGGACACAGAGGUGGAGAUGAAGGAGAUUUACACAUCCAACCACAUGUGGAAGCUGUUUGAGAACUUCCUUGUGGACAUUUGCAGGGUGUGCAACAACACCAGUGACAGGAAGCAUGCAGACACCAUACUGGAGCGUUAUGUAACCGAGACAGUCAUGAGCAUUGUCACAUGUUUCUUCAGCUCUCCUUUCUCUGACCAGAGCACAAGCCUGCAGACCCGUCAGCCUGUAUUUGUGCAGCUGCUUCAGGGAGUGUUCAGGGUAUACCACUGUAACUGGCUUAACCCUGUUCAGAAGGCGUCCGUCGAGGCCUGCAUCAAAGUGCUGUCCGACGUGGCCAAGAGCAGAGCAAUCGCCAUCCCGGUGGACCUCGACAGUCAGGUGAACAACUUGUUUGUCAAGUCUAAUAACGUCGUGCAGAAAAGCAUCCUCAACUGGAGACUAUCGACUAAGAACACUUCUCGGCGAGACUCCGGCAUUUCCACCUCAAAGGACUACAGAAACAUCAUUGAGAGGCUACAGGACAUUGUCUCUGCUCUGGAGGACCGUCUGAGGCCGCUGGUCCAGGCUGAGCUCUCUGUGCUGGUGGACGUCCUGCACCGACCAGAGCUGCUCUUCCCCGAGAACACAGAGGCUCGCAAGAAAUGUGAAAGUGGGGGGUUUAUAUCAAAACUGAUUAAACAUACCAAGCAGUUGCUGGAGGAGAAUGAGGAGCGUUUGUGCAUCAAAGUACUGCAGACGCUUCGGGAGAUGAUGACAAAAGACCGGGGCUAUGGAGAAAAGCUGAUUGCCUUUGAUGAUGAAAUGGAUGUGGCUGAGCUGGCACCUCCACCCGAGCCUGAAGUCCCUCCUGAGGAGCUUGAUCCCAGCCAGCCACUGAAGCAAGUGGAGGAUCAGAGGAGGGGUGAGGCUCUGCGGCAGAUUCUGGUCAACCGGUACUAUGGGAAUGUCAAAGCUGGCCAGAGAAGGGACAGCCUCACAACCUUCAGCAACGGUCCACUUGCAGCUGGAGCGCAGGGAAAGUCCCCCACAGUUGUCAGCUCCGGUGUCGGAGGUCGAGGGGAGCUGAGCUUGGCCGAGGUCCAGUGCCACCUGGACAAGGAGGGAGCCUCCGACCUGGUCAUCGACCUCAUCAUGAACGCCACCAGCGAUCGGAUAUUCCAGGAGAGCAUAUUGUUGGCCAUUGCGCUGCUGGAGGGCGGGAACACGGUCAUUCAGCGGUCCUUCUAUCAACGAUUAACGGGGGACAACAAGUCGGAGAAAUUCUUCAAGGUGUUUUACGAGCGCAUGAAGUUGGCCCAGCAGGAAAUCAAAGCCACCGUGACGGUCAACACCAGUGACCUGGGCAGCAAGAAGAAGGACGAGGAGCCGCUGGACAAAGACAUGCCCACCCGCAAGAAAGUGAAAGACGUACCGGUGGUGGCAGUGGUGACCGAGGAGGUGAAGGAGCAGCUGGUGGAGGCCUCGGCCGUCACCAAGAAGGCCUACACUACCUACCGCCGCGAGGCCGAAGCCGAGGAGCACCAGGCCGCCCCCGACGGCUCCCCCCUACCCACCGCCGACAAGAGCCAGGACGAAGGCGAGAUGAGCGUCAUCAUCACCAUCAUGCAGCCCAUCUUGCGCCUCAUGCAGCUGCUCUGUGAGAACCACAACAGAGAUCUGCAGAACUUUUUACGCAACCAGAACAACAAGAACAACUAUAACCUGGUGUGCGAGACUCUCCAGUUCCUGGACUGUAUCUGUGGCAGCACCACAGGGGGGCUGGGGCUGCUGGGGCUCUACAUCAACGAGAAGAACGUGGGACUCAUCAACCAGACAGUGGAGAGCCUCACCGAGUACUGCCAAGGCCCCUGUCAUGAGAACCAGAACUGUAUUGCCACUCACGAGUGCAAUGGCAUUGACAUCAUCAUCGCCCUCAUCCUGAAUGACAUUAACCCCCUCGGCAAGAAGAGGAUGGACCUCGUGCUGGAGCUCAAAAACAAUGCUUCCAAACUGCUUCUCGCAAUUAUGGAGAGCCGCCAUGACAGCGAGAAUGCUGAGAGGAUACUGUACAACAUGAGGCCUAAAGAGUUGGUGGAAGUGAUCAAAAAGGCCUACAUGCAGGGUGAAAUAGAGGUGGAGGAGCCAGCGGAAGGUGAAGAUGAAGAGGAGGAGCACUCCGCUUCCCCGCGCAACGUCGGCCACAACAUCUACAUCUUGGCGCAUCAAUUAGCCCGUCACAACAAGGAACUGCAGGCUAUGUUGAAGCCCGGAGGAACUUACGGAGAGGGCGAUGAGGCCCUGGAGUUCUAUGCCAAACACACAGCUCAGAUUGAGAUUGUGCGGCUGGAUCGCACCAUGGAGCAGAUAGUUUUUCCAGUGCCCAACAUCUGUGAGUUCCUCACCCAAGAGUCCAAGCUGCGAGUCUACUACACCACAGAGCGCGAUGAGCAAGGAAGCAAGAUCAAUGACUUCUUCCUGCGCUCUGAAGACCUCUUUAAUGAAAUGAAUUGGCAGAAGAAGCUGCGAGGUACUCAAGAGGCUACUGGUAACACAAACACAGUUCCCUCCCAGCCUAUCCUAUACUGGUGCUCCAGGAACAUGUCCUUUUGGAGCAGCAUUUCUUUCAACCUGGCAGUACUCAUGAACCUCCUUGUGGCCUUCUUCUACCCACUGGAAGGCGUCCGUGGAGGCACUCUGGAGCCCCAUCUCUCUGCCCUGCUGUGGAUGGCCAUGCUGGUGUCUCUUGCUAUUGUGAUCGUCUUGCCACAGCCUCACGGCAUCAGGGCGCUCAUCGCCUCCACCAUCCUGCGCCUCAUCUUCUCUGUGGGCUUAGAGCCCACGUUGCUCCUGCUGGGGGGCUUUAACCUAUGUAACAAAGUGAUUUUCCUGAUGAGCUUCGUCGGGAACCGGGGGACCUUCACCCGCGGAUAUAAAGCCAUAAUCAUGGACGUGGAGUUCCUGUACCACCUGCUCUACCUUAUUAUCUGCACCCUGGGGGUCUUUGUCCACGUCUUCUUUUACAGCCUGCUACUCUUCGAUCUGGUCUAUCGGGAGGAAACCCUGUUGAACGUAAUAAAGAGCGUCACCCGCAACGGCCGCUCCAUCGUCCUGACGGCCGUGUUGGCUCUCAUCCUGGUCUACCUCUUCUCUAUCGUGGGCUACAUCUUCUUUAAGGACGACUUCAUAUUGGCUGUGGACAGGAUACCCAACAAAACCCUAGAACAUGGAGCCAGUAUGGUGGGAGAGUUCUUCUCAGGUGGAGUGUGUCAGAAGGAAAAUGGAGAAAACUGCUCGACGGAGAGCGUAAUGGACGCUUCCCUGGCUGUCCAGCCGUCGGUGGUUAUUGAGGACAAGGAGCGAGUGUGUGACUCCUUGCUCAUGUGCAUUGUCACGGUAUUGAGUCAUGGCCUCAGGAGUGGAGGAGGUGUUGGGGACGUCCUGCGGAAGCCAUCCAAAGAGGAGCCUUUGUUUGCAGCCCGAGUCAUCUACGACCUCCUCUUUUUCUUCAUGGUCAUCAUUAUCGUCCUCAACCUCAUCUUCGGUGUCAUCAUCGACACGUUUGCUGACCUGAGAAGCGAGAAGCAGAAGAAAGAGGAAAUCCUGAAGACGACGUGCUUUAUUUGCGGUUUGGAAAGAGACAAGUUCGACAAUAAGACGGUAACUUUCGAAGAACACAUCAAAGUCGAGCACAACAUGUGGCACUACUUGUUCUUCAUCGUCCUGGUGAAGGUGAAGGACUCCACAGAGUACACCGGCCCCGAGAGCUACGUGGCGGAAAUGAUCAGGGAACACAACUUGGACUGGUUUCCACGGAUGCGGGCCAUGUCCCUGGUCAGCAGCGACGCUGACGGGGAGCAGAACGAGAUCAGGAGCCUGCAGGAGAAGCUGGAGUCCACCAUGAAACUGGUCACCAACCUGUCGGGCCAGCUGACCGAGCUCAAAGAGCAGAUGACAGAGCAGAGGAAGCAGAAGCAGCGAAUUGGCCUUUUGGGACACCCUCAGCACAUGAACGUCAACCCCCAGCAGCCGGCGUGAAGACCGCCGGCCGCCACCAAGCCUCUCGCCGUCCACCCGGAGUCCGGGCGCGGAGGUUGCACUAAAAACAUAUGCUGCAGUGAGUGCGAGAGUAUCUUAAAAAUCACGGUAGGGAAACGCUGUAACAUAGGUAGUCAUAAGGCAACGUGUAGCUCUACCCCCACGCACGUGUUACUCCCGACAGUAACGCUCGCCCACCUCGCUCUGUUCCGUUCAGUUGGAGUCUGUGCCAAACGUUUUUCCACGUAGAAAAUGAUCUGGGUUUCUCCGCACAUGGCCUUUUUUUACGGUUGAACUUGAAACUUGAUGAAGCUGGCUGGACAGGAGGAAUCGGUUUCUUUUUCUUCUCAUUUUGUUUUUUUUUAAGUUUUCUAUUUAUAUUCCUGGCAUCAUGAGCUGUAUUUAAUGUCUCAUUUUUUUUUGUAUGUUGUGCAAUAUAUUAACUUAAAUAUGCAACCUCAUUGGUGGGUAAAUUUAAGUUCAGUUAUGUCUUAUUUUAAAGUGAAGGCCAGGACUCUUCUCUGUUCUUUAUUGUCACUAAAUAAAUUAGGCAGUCGUUGGUUGUCUGUACUUACAAGAAAAUAUAAGGUAAUAUAAUAAGCUGGCCUUUUCCAUGUUACUUUCUUCUGUUGUUUCUUGAAAAUGUGCAUACUUCUUGACUGACAACUGCAUUCAGUAGAGAUAGUAUAUUGCGUGAGAGCAAUAUAAACAGAUGGAUGACUUCCACUUGUGGACAUCCAAUGCUCAGUUCAGUGCUGACUUAUUUCACGAGACAUUAACUUUCUUAUUUAACUGGGUUGUAAAAUUGUCCUUAAACUGUCCUCCAUGUCGCUCAUGCUGUUAGUUUGCUCAGGAGUUGUGCAAUUUACACAGUAAUAAACACCUCAAGUAUAAUAGUUUUUUUUCCUUUUUUAGAAAAAAAAAAUUCUCCACACUUGUUCUGUUUGUGCCUCUUUUUGUCCUGAAUUAAAAGAAAAUCUUAAUACACGGCUUUUGCUUCUGCUAAAUUGCUAAACUUUUAGUUCAAGUUCAUUUAAACAUUUCAGUUGCUUUUCCUGCUACAACUAGACUUUUAUUUUUUUCCUUUUGUGGAACUUCUUACGUGUACAUAAAGUUUAAAGCUUAUCUUUGCAUUUGUAUAGUAAAAUAAGACAAACACAAUGUUACUCAAGAAUGUUAAGAUUAAAAGGAUCUAAGCAAUGUCAAUUUGUACAUUAAAGUAGAAUUAUUUAUUAAAAUUUCUGUAAUUAUC